AUGUCAAAUAAUCAAGAAAACAAUGAGAUUACCCUUAUUCAACAACAACUACAGGAGACCCGCCAGAUGUUAGAGCAACUCCUCAUCGCACAACAGCAACAGGCUGCCAUGCCUGACAACACAUCGGAUCCACAGAUGAUGAUGGAUUCGUCACACCAUCCAAGUGUGUCCCAUAAUACUCCAAGUCCUCUACAUUCCCUUGGUACACGUCCGCAGUACGAUUGGACUGCCCCGGACAUUCUGUCUUCUUGCCUAAAAUUGGAUCGAGAUCUCUUCUCUACCGAAAAUAUCCUCUCUGUUGAAUACGAAGUAUCAAUUAAAAAGAAUAAAGACUAG